AUAUGAUAGCAAAGAAGUGGCACAUUAAUGAAGCGCCUCUACAGGGGUCUUUUCUGCUCAUGUCACCACAUAAAACUAUCAGAUGGUUAGAGGAAGGACAUGGAGGCAACUAGUUAGCUCAUCGCCGUUGCAGGGAAGAAAACAAGCCUCUGCUACAGUGCAGCUGCCGGUGGUGUAAAAGAAGCUGAUUCAGCCCGCGGAGGCGAAGGGAGGGGGUGUACAAGAGGAUUCCCAAAACCGAGCCAGCUCGCUGCCUCUUCAGGACUAAAGCGGAGCAGCGUGGCCGCGGAAGGGGCGAGAGACACUCCGGAGGAGAGGGCUGGGAAAGAGUCCGGACUCUCAGCUGCGUCCCGGAUGCGGACUGUCAACUUCCAGCAACUUUAAGAUCUCCGCGGGUCGCCGAGCGAAGAUGCCUCGCCCGGGCAGAAACACUUACAGCGAUCAGAAGCCUCCCUACUCCUACAUCUCGCUGACCGCCAUGGCGAUCCAGAGCUCCCCGGAGAAGAUGCUGCCCCUGAGCGAGAUCUACAAGUUCAUCAUGGACCGCUUCCCCUACUAUCGGGAGAACACACAGCGCUGGCAGAACUCCCUCCGCCACAACCUCUCCUUCAACGACUGCUUCAUCAAGAUCCCUCGCCGCCCCGACCAGCCGGGCAAGGGCAGCUUCUGGGCGCUGCACCCCAGCUGCGGGGACAUGUUCGAGAACGGCAGCUUCCUGCGCCGCCGGAGACGCUUCAAGAAGAAGGAUGUCUCCAAGGAGAAGGAGGAGGCCCGGGAGCGGCUGCUGAAGGAGCAGCCCAAGCCCCCCGGGCUGCCCGGCGCCGACCUCCCCAAGGAAGCCUCCUCCUCCUCUUCCUCUUCCUCCGCCUCGGCGCCGGCCUCCGAGAAGAAGGUGGUGAUCAAGAGCGAGACGGCGUCUCCCGAGCUGCCCGUGAUCACCAAG